AGUUACUAGUGUAAACAAUUUGACAAGUUAUAAGUGUCGAAAAAUUUGUUAUGCUAUUUAUUUGUUAUAUAUAUAUAUUUGUCAUUCCAUUUAACGACUAAUUUGUGUUAGACUAUCACUAAUCCGAGUUCCCACAUCUGAAGUUGAGUUUGUCAUAUAAAAAAUAGCUAACUAAGUAACUAAAACUACUGAUUGAGGAAUGGCGGCUAAUAAUUGUAAUUAAUACUAAUAAUACUAAUAAAUUUACUAAUUAAUAUUUUAAUUAUGGCCGUGGCCCUCUGACUAUGGUCACUACAGCUACAGCUAGUACUACAUAUUCAUAGUAGUUACUAGUAGUAGAGUAAUUGACUAUUAUUAUAGAAAUGAAAGUGAAUGAGUGAAAUUAUAAUUUAAUAAUAAUAAUUAAUAUAUUUAAUAAUAUUAAUGUAAAUCAAUGGAGUUGGGACAAAACAAGUCUGAAAUUCACAGGACAACAAAAACUAAAAUUACUAAAAAAAACUCUUCAAUUUAUUAGGCUGGGUUGAAUUAACUUUUGAUAAUAAUGUAAAACUGUUAUUCAUAACUGAUAAUUGUUCCAAAGAUUUUUUAAUAAGAAUAAUGAAAAUCUCUUUAUAUUAAAAUUAAAUUGAUAAGAAAUAAGAAGCGCCAUUUCUCACAACCCAUUUUUUUUUUUUGAUAACUGACAUUUUCGAACUUUUACACCUUUCAGUCUGAAUAAUAAUUUUAAAAAGUCCAAGUUGAAUUUACAUUUUAAAAUAAUUAUUUAAGUAGGCCUAUAUUACAUACUUUAAUAGCAUUAUAAAUUUUAUAUUUUAGGACUAUAGACUAGUGAAUGGUUCUGAAAUAUAAGGUGCUAAUAGUGUUGGUCGAUUUGUAAUUCCCAUUUAAUGGUAAGUACACAUCUAAAAUUAUUUACAAUAAAUAAAAUAUUUAUUUAAAUGAAUUGGCAAAAUGUGUUUUAAAAAUGUAUUUUAUAAUUUCUCAAGGUUUCUCAACGGUUAAAAGUCCCCUCCCUCCAGAGGCACAGGGGAAAAAAAUUCAUUUUUAUUUUUACAUCCCACCUCAACUCUGAAACCCAUUAUUUUUAUCAAUAAAAUAUCACCAAAGCCCCAACUAGACUGGUGUCCAGUAAUAUCUGUCCUACUAUGCCCCCCCCACCCCCCACCCCCAACCUCUGCCCCCAUUCCCUCCCUUAGUGGAAGAUUUGAAUUAAAAUAGGUAUCAGUGCUUCCAUCAGGAAGAAUGAAUUUUAGUUGCUGCAUGUUUAGUACCCUAUAUUCAAAGUUGUAGCAUAAAAGUUACAAUAGCCUAAGUGAAAUAUAUUUGAAUUACAAUAAAUUAACAAAUGACAAACAAUUCAAUAACAGUGACAGUUGUUAACUUUAAAACAGUGUCCUUUCUAACAAUGUACAUCCAUCCUCCUUUUUUUCUUUUUUGUUAUGUUUUAAAGAAAUUAAAAUAUAUUACCUAUUUGAAAGGCUUAAUGUCCCUGAUAAUCUUAAAAUUGCACCCCUUUGGCAUCACAAUAGUAAAAAAUGUAUAAAUCUGAUGUUUUUAAAUUACAAAUUAAUUUAUUUUCUCAAAUAAAAUAAUAUUCCAUGAAAAAAAUAAAAUCAUUGAUUAUAGGCUGCAACACACAAUUUAAUAGUACAUGUAUAUUUAAUCAGUAUAGGUUUUAAAAAAAUCAUUUGUACUGUUUAUAAAUAUAUUUAUAUUAUAUUAUAAUUUAUAUUUAUAUAUAAAUACGGUAAUUAUUUCAGGCAGAACCAGAUCAAUUUGAAAUGGUGCUCAAAAUGAACAGAUGGGCUCCUGAUGGCUCUAAUAACAAUUCUAAUCCUGUUAAGUUCAGACAAAUCGGACAUAAGACAUCUCAUCAGGAGGGUGUAAUUCCAAAAAUUGAAACAGACUACAAAGAUCAUAAUUUCACAAUGAAUCAUACUGCACAAGGAGAAUCAGCUAAACAUAUUUUCUUUAAGGUUUUAAAAUGUUGAAUGUUGACUUAAAAACUAUGGCCUUAAUUGCUUUUGGUAUUUUUAAAAGACAAUUUUCAAUUCAGUUUUAUAAAAAUCAAGUAGAUGUAUUUGCUUGAACAUAUAGUUGACCAAAAGUGUUAAAUAUUUUUUUUUAAAUAAUUAAUAUUCCCAUUGCAUUCAGGAUCCAAUGCUUCCUCAAGAUGAACAGAUUUUGAUGUCUCAAAAUUCAGAUUUAGACCAGGUAAGUUUUAAUGUGUACUUUUAAUUGGAUUUGAAUUUUAAAUGUUUACUUUUAGAAACAUGUUCUAACUAGUAGUAUAUAAAAAUUAAUUGGUAGUAAUAAAAUAUUAUAACUGGUGGUACAUCACUUAUUGGGCCUUCAAAUAUAUUAAAAAUGGUUAAAAUAUAUUCUUAAUCAGUAAAGUUGUUUAAUAACAUAAUUUCAAUAAUUUAACAGAAUUUUGCUAUUAAAAUUAAAACAUAUUUUUUUAAGCUCUGUUGAGAAUGGCUUAACAUGGAAGAUAAAAACAUUUUUUAGUACUUUAUGUUGAUUUAUAAUUAAUUAACCUUUUACCUUGCAGGUUCCCUUUAAACUUGGAAGAAAUAUGAGAGCAUGCAAAGAUGUUACCCACCAAUCAUUGGUAAGGGUAUUACCAAAGAACAAAGAUUUGUUUUGUUAAAUCAAGUAACCCCCCCCCCCCCCCCCUUUUUUUUUUUUUUACCCCCCCCCCCCCCCUUUUUUUUUCUUUUCUCCAGAUAAUUUACCAUAAAACUAUUUCAAUCAAGUCUAUUUGAAAUUUUACAUUUAAAAAACAUAAUUGUUUUAUCUUAGAUUCAUAGUAAAGCAUUUUAUUUCCUCAUUUAUCUUAAAUAUUUGUUUUUAAUUUGAGUACAUAUUGAUACUAAUCCAUUCCAAUCUAAAAAAAUAUAACCUUUACAUUUAUUUUGGUCAAUUUUCUUAUAAGGAUGUCCAUAAAGUGAUAUCAAAACGUAAGCAAUUACUAGAACAGCAAAAAGAGCAAAAAGUGAUCCAUGAAAAGGAAGAAAGAACUUUGCAUGCAGCUACAACUUUGGUCAAUGACCUACUUCAAAAUGGAUUCCACAUAACUCCCCCUGACAAGACACCAAGGCUGGAUCAGUCAGUAUCUCCUGACAGAGAAGAUACAUUUUUGCCUCACGUGGAUGACAGAAAGCUGAUUGUAGCAAUACACAGAGAGUUAAAACGAGUGCAGGCUGGUGAUAUUGAAUAAACACAGUAGUGACAAAAUUAUAAUUUCAUUUGCAGAUCAUAGCCUUCAUAUGAUCCAUCAUUAUCAUUUAAAAAAGAUUGCCAUACCUCACUAUUUCAAUUAGAUUUUUGCUACUGUUUAGUGAGUUUUUCAGUAAAAGUAGCUAAAUAUCUUUGCUGCAUAUUCUGUGUUGACCAAAGUAAGUGAUUUAGGUAUAUACAUAAGAUAAUUGUAAUAUUAAAUAUUUUACUCUUAAAAGAAUUUUUUUUUAAUGUAUUUAUCUAAUUUAGACUUUUGGCAUUACAUUUAAAAAAAAUAUUUUCAUGAUUUUAAAUACUGGUAGUCUGGUAGUUAUUUUUUAUUCAAAAAACAUAAUUAGACGUUUAGACUAAAUUUAAUAGACAUUUUGGUUUGAAAAAAACAUGCUUACUUUGAAGCAUUGAUGUUUCACACAAAAAUUAAUUUUUAAAAAAAUUAUAAUUUUUUACUUUUUAUAUUAUGAGCAAAGACUGUUCCAUGGCUUCUAUGCAUAGAAUCUAAAACUUUAUUAACUGACUGAUUACAUUGUAGAAUUUUGAAUUAAGUACAAGAAAGGAAAAUAAGUUUUUAUGAUUUCAAUUCUGUACUAUUACCAUGUGUGUAUAAAAUGCUAUUUGAAAUAAGUUUACUAAAAAAAUUUGUGACUAUCAAACCAUUACAAUAUUUUUACAUUUUAAACUAUUGGUCAAAACAUUUAACAAAAUUUUAUACAGUCUCAAAUAAUCAUAUGACACUCUAAUAAGAUAAGAUAAGAUAAGAUAAGAUAAGAUAAGAUUCUUUUAUUGAUCCAAACAAAUGGAAAUGUUUUAUGAUUGCAUUAUACAAUUUCAGCCCAUAAAUAAAAUAAAUUGAACACAAGACAUUUAUAAUAAAUUAUUUCAAACAGCCAUUCAGUGAGUUCUCAUAUCCAAAUUGGGGACUUAUUAGUUCUCAUUAAGAUGUGUGACUUCAGAGGGAGCAUGCUGGUAAAUUGGUACAGAUAGGGGAACAAAAGAAUUUGUAUGUCUUUCAGUCCUUGCCCUGAUGGAAAGAAUUCUUCCUGAACGGCCCGAUCCUAUGUAUCUGUGAUGAAGAGGGUGGGAUGUAUCAUCCAAAAUGUGUUUAGUUUUACAAAAACAUCUUUCUUCAAAUAGUUCUUCCAGUGAAGGGUGUUUAGUUUGUGUUAUGUUCCUAGCUUUCUUGAUUAGUCGGUUUAUGCGGUGUUUAAUAUCAAACGUUGAAUUCCCACACCAGCAGGUAAUACUGAAAUUAAGCAGGCUUCCAAUUGUUGCACUGUAGAAUAAGUUAAGACAAUGACAUGUGAAAUUACUUUUUCACUUCAUAGACUGGCAUUUUUAUUGUCGCCUCCAUAUUGUUUUGUUUUUUCAAAACUAACUUAAUUCAUAAAGGUUUCUUGUAAUUUUAGUUUAAUUUUUUCUUUAAGUUUAAGGGCUAAUUACCUUUUCAAAUUUAAAAUUGAUUGGCAUUUUAAGCCAUAAAUAAAAUACAAAUAUUAACACCCAUUAUCUUUUUUUUAAAAAGAGAAACUUAAAAAUCUUAAGGCCACAAACAUGUUGAAAAUGUUCAAUCUAUUCAACUCUUAAUAGAUGUCAUUAUUGUGAAGUUCCCUGUUAAAAAGUAGGCUACAAAGAAAAAUUUAAUAAGAAAAUAUCCUAACAGCUCAUGAUAAUUUAAUUUAUUCAGUUGAGUUUUUUUCGUCACUACAGUCAGAAUCAGAUCUUCAUUUUUAAUGUAUAAAUCGACUAUGAUUAUUAUUGGAAAAACCAACUUCAUGUCUUCAUAAUAAACUAAACUAUAAAAAAGAUCACUUAAUAAUUGUACAGGCUUUUAUCUUCUUACUGUUCUUGUAUGGACAUCUACUGAAAAUAAGGCGCACAUUACAGCUGCCCCAUACCAGAUUACCAAUACAAGUUUCUCCAUAUUACUGUAUAUAAAUUAUUAUUUAAUAGAAACGGCACAUGUUAAUUAAAUCUCAAAGAAUAUUUAAUUAUCUGUUUUUGUUUAAAUUAAUUUUUUAAUACUUUUAGUUGUGUAAACUAUUGUUUGUAUAUAUGUUUUUACUAAACUGUGAUAAACCUUAAUUUGAUCAUUUCUGUUUUAGUCAUGAUUUUUAGUGUUCAAUGACAUAUCAUGUAAAAAUGAAUAUAUUAAACCAUUUGUUUAACCACACUUCUACAUGACUACUACCAGAUAUUGCUUUUUAUUAACAAAGAGACAAUAUUUUAUGAUUUGCUCAGUUAUAAAUAAAUUUCAAUGAUCUUUAUGUGAAACUAUUUGCAUGGCUAAGACACCGGAUUGUAAACAUAAUACAGAAAAUCAAUCCCCAAUGGUGAAAAUAAGAUUUAAAAAAAAAAAGAAUUAAUUUUUUCAUUGAGUGCAGUUAUAAUCAUAUGUCAUUUUGUUUAAGGAGUGUAAAUUAAUAUAUAUAUCUAUUAUUUAAUCAUGAAGUUUUAACUCUCAAAAGAAGGCAGAGUUAUUUCCAGUGCUGAGAGGCUGUGACAGUUGACAAUUUGAAACAGUGUUCCUUUUUUUAUAAAAUAAGAAUCAUAUUUAUGAAAAAAUUAGUCGAUCCAUGUUUUUAUUUUCUUCCGCAUUUGUAAUAAUUUGUAUGUGUUAUAUUUAUUGACCUGCAUUUGAUAACAAGCCAUUUGUAAUAUCAAGUGGAAGUUUAUGUUCAUUUGUUUAUUUUCAUGUAAAGCUCUGGUUUAAGUAGAAAUGUGUGGACACUAAUCUAAAAUGUUAACAUAGUGUCCACACAUUUCUCUAAAAUGUUAACUAUUUUUCCUCCAUUUUUAUCUGAUCUGCAAUAGAAAGCAGUAAAUAUUUUUAAAACAUUUUUUUCAAUGAAUUGGUUUGAUUUACACAGACUAUUUGUUGAAAAUUUGUUUAUGGAAAAAGACAUAGUAGAAGUUAGUGAUGUGAAGUGAAUCAACAAUUCUUUGUUUGUGUGCACAGACCUGAUUAAAACCAGUCAGCACAACAUUUGGCAUUCACAAAUUUCAUCUUUUUCAAAUUAUUUGCUAUUUAAUUGCUGUUUAAAGACAUAUAUAAACAAGAUCACAUAAAUUAGUAGAAGGUCAGUAUUUUAAAAAGAAUUUGAUGGGUC